GUCAGUGUAGACUUAGGCCACUGAAGAUGGAGGUCCAUUUGCCUGAUGUGCCUAUGCUGAAAAUCCUCUCCUAUCUGGAUGCCUACAGUUUGCUACAGGCUGCCCAAGUGAACAAGAACUGGAAUGAACUUGCAAGCAGUGAUGUCCUGUGGAGGAAGUUGUGUCAGAAAAGAUGGCUCUUCUGUGGCAUGGUUACCCUACAGCUCCUGGGCACAGAGACAUGGAAGGAGUUCUUCGUUUUCCGAACACGGCAAGAACAUGCCAAGUCCCGGGCAAUUCGAGAAGAUUUCAUUUAUAAGGAAAUUCCUGCGGAUUAUGGAGUUCGGGCACAUCCAUGUUAUAUCUCAGGCCGUGGCUUAACAAGAAAGGGACAAGGCAGGCCAGUCGUCUGUAUGGUGACUUCUGUGAACAGGAUCUCUACCUGGGAUAUUCAGGAGGGUGUUUUGACCUGGGUAAGUCCAGUACAGCAAGUCGGUAUCAAGCUGUUGACUACCCUCCCUGAAUUGCACAUUGCAAUCACUGUAGAUAUUCAAUCAACUAUCAAACUGUGGGACUGUCACAACAGUGAAGCUCUGGCAACUAGCAACCUGGAAUCUCCAUGUAAAUUGCUGAAAGCUGUCUUUACCAAGGAUGGCCCGAUUGUCUUGGCAGGCGAUACCUUGGGUAACCUGUACAUCUUUAGGAUUCCAGAUUUACACCUCAUUUCCAAACUCAAUGUAUUCCAAUGCAGUAUUAAUGAACUCAGCUGCUCUCCUCAGAAGAAAUGGAUCUUUCUGAAUAGGAAACACCUACAUAUCUUGCCAAAGGUGUUUUACAUGGACAGCUUACUGAGGACAUCAGAAUUCUCUGCCCCUGUGUCUACCAUUCUCAAAUUUUCAUUAUGCCAAAGAGCCUUCUGGACCCCAAGAAUGGAAGACAGGAUAACCCUGAUGUCCAUACGUCGUACCCGAAAGAUCACAAAGUUUAUCACAUUUGAUAUGAAGCUGAAAGAUAUCCAGAACAAAAUAACUGUUAAAGAACAAUUCGUUGCAAGCUUCUCAGUGCCAGAUAAUAUGGGGAGACCAAAAUGGUUUGGAGUUAGUGGUAAGGAUGUGAUUGUUUGUUCAACUGGAUCCUCUCUCUUGCUCUUCAACAUAAAAGGUGUCUAUCUGCAGACAAUCAUGUACUACACAGACUGGAUCUUGAGACUCUGGAUGGACCCCAUUUAUGUCAUUGUCACCUUUAACAAUGGCUCUUUGAUUGUGUACUCGUGGGAGGAGAGAUGCCGGCAGCUCAAUAGGUGUUAUCAUCUGCAAAGCAGGAGAAGGCUACCACAGCAAAGCUUCAUUAACAAAACACUAUGUGAUGAUGUGAGCAUAAUUCGAGUGAUGACAACUCAUUCCAUCCCCAGCUUUCUGAUGGCAUAUAUCUUGACAUCUGAUCUUUUAAACUGAGUGGGUUGUGUGUAUUCUUCCUCGAUGAUAAUAAAAGUCUAUUUGC